AUGCCCGCCCGGAGAGUCGCCAUCAUCGGCGCCGGUGCCUCUGGCCUGUGCGCCCUGAAAUGCUGCCUGGAUGAGGGGCUGGUGCCCACCUGCUUUGAGAGGAGCAAGGACAUCGGGGGGCUCUGGCGCUUCGAGGAGCACCCCGAGGAUGGCCGUGCCAGCAUCUACCGCUCCGUCAUCAUCAACACCUCCAAGGAGAUGAUGUGCUUCAGCGACUUCCCCAUCCCCGAGGACUUCCCCAACUACAUGCACAACUCCAAGAUCAUGGAGUACUUCCGUAUGUACGCGCGGCGCUUCGACCUGCUCCGCCACAUCCGCUUCAGGACCAGUGUGUGCCGCGUGUCCAAGCGCCCUGACUUCGCCACCAGUGGCCAGUGGGAGGUGGUGACGGAGAGCGAGGGGAAGCAGGAUACAGCCGUGUUCGACGCCGUGCUGGUGUGCACCGGGCACCACACCGAGGCACAUCUCCCGCUGAGCACCUUCCCAGGGCUGGAAAAGUUUGAGGGCUGGUACCUGCACAGUCGGGACUACAAAAGCCCUCAGUCCUUUCUGGGAAAGCGGGUGGUGGUGGUUGGCACUGGGAAUUCAGGCAUCGACAUCGCAGUGGAGCUGAGCCACACAGCCAAGCAGGUUUUCCUCAGCACCAAGCGUGGCACUUGGGUGCUGCACCGGGUGGCAGAUGGUGGGUACCCUUUUGACUUCACCUACAUCAGCCGCUUCACACAACUUCUCCAGACACUGCUGCCUCCAAAUGUCACCAGUUUUUACAUGGAGAGGAAGCUGAACACCCGCUUUGACCACGCACUCUACAGCCUGAAGCCCCAGCACCGGUGA